CCAAGGCACUACCACAAGGGCAGGACAUUCACCCUAUCUGAUAGCAACAGCCUCUAGGCAGGGCUUCCCCUCUUGCAGACCAUGGCAUGGUGGUUUGGGGCUGGGGAAGUGGUGGAGGACUGGAACUGGAGAAGGCUUUUACCAAAGUUUCCUCUAAGCAGCUGGGCUGACGCUCUGCAGAUACAUUUCCGCUACGGAGGUCCAACAGCAGAGGUUCAGAGUUUUGGAGCUCAGCCACCUUAACUGGAACAUCAGAUCAAGCAGUUACUGCUCCCACCAUGCCCAGCAAGUAUCCAGACCUCCUGUGCAUUCAGAUGUCCAUAACCUCUAACCGGGUUAUGUGAUCAUACUCAGCAGCAGCAGUUUAGAUGCUUAAAAAGUUGCAUCACCUGUUAGAAUGGCAGUCUAUUUGUGCUCAAUGACACCACUUCCUUUCCUUGCAAUGCUGCUGCUCACCAUUUUACGUAUGCUCCAUUUUGUCCUUGUCACAGAUGAAGAAGCUAUUCUACUGGCCAAAACAGCUCAAGAUGUCUUCUGCUUUUCCCGGACCUUUGAGGAUCUCACCUGUUUCUGGGAUGAACCAGCACAUGUGAAAGGAGCAUAUCGAUUCUUCUACACAUAUGAAGGAGACAAAAGCAGAGAAUGUGCUCUAAUCUCCAUGAAAAAUACAGAUGGAGGUUGGCGCCACACCUGCAUCUUUCCUGAAGACCAUUAUGGCAUUCAGCUCUUUAUUGAACUCAAUGUUGAAGUGUUGGGUAUUGUUAGUAAUCACAGCAUAUUCUCACAGUAUCUCAGAGUGAACACUGUUGGUCUCGUUGCUCCCCCAACAAAUGUAACAGCUAAGUGGCCUGGGAUUGCACAACAACUGCUUGUAAAUUGGGUGCCUCCAUCUAUCGGCUAUGCAGACUUCUUGAUUUAUGAAGUUCUUUAUGGUGCUCAGGAUUCCAUGCAGCCACUGUUCAGGAUUGAAGUGAAAAACAGCUACAUGUGCCAGCUCAAGAAUCUGAUCCCAGGGCAGCAGUACCACAUCCAAGUCCGCACCAAGCCUGAUGGCCUCUCUCUUGAUGGCAUCUGGGGACUCUGGUCUCCAGCAGUGAUAGCAGAAACACCCCAUCUUUCUGAGGUAAUUGGUCUGCACUGCUUCACUCCAGACUUGCAUCAACUGCACUGCCAGUGGGACAAGAAGCCCAUUGGUUCUGGCCCCCUUCACAGCCUCUUGUACUGGAUGGAAGGCAACAGCAGCAGUACAAGAGGGCAAGUCUGGCAUAAAUGUAAGAAGGAAGACCCUGUUUCCUGCACAUGCACCUUCCAGCCCAGCAGCACCAAUUACCUUUCUAUCCUGGUGACUGUCAGCCAGGGUGAGCAAGAGGUCAGCUACUUUGAAGAGCCAUUCAAACUGUACGAUGUGGUGCACACUGCUCCCCCAAGAAUCCUGCAAGCUUCGGUAGACAGAGAUAUACUAAGGCUGGAGUGGGUCUCCCCACUGGAAGAGAUAGCUGAGCACAUGGUAUAUCAGAUACGGUAUACUGUGCAGGACACCUUGAAAUGGAAGACUCUGCAGGUGCAGUAUUCAAACACCAGUGAAAUUCAUCUGGCCACCCAGGAUCGCUACUGCCUUCAGCUGCGUACCCAGCCGGAUGGACAGAGGUUCCGUGGGGGCUGGAGUGCUUGGUCAGAAUUAGUGUGCGUUGAAGUCCUACCUGGUACAGAUUCGGUGAUUAUGAUUGUGGCCAUUGCACUCUUACUGUGUGCAGGACUUGUGCUGGGACUGGGCUUCACCUGCCUCUCCAAUUACAGUAGUGUGAAACAAAAGCUCUGGCCACCCAUUCCAGACCUACACCGUGUCCUGGAUGGAUUCCUCAAGGAUAAUGGCAAGCAACAGCAGCAGCAGGUAAAUGCCUUCUUUUGCAACAAAAUGUUGGAGGAUGUGCCUUUGACUUGCUUGUUGGAAGUAUUAUCUGAGAUACCCCUGGAAACACCAAGCUUUGACCCUCUUCUAGAUACGAUUUCAGCAGAACAGGCAGAAUGGGGCAGCCAGCCUUCUUCCCACCAGCACUACAUGGUGCUGGGUUCUAACAAUCCCCAAGGUAGCCACCAUGAAAACGAAUACUUUGAUGACAUAAAUGAUGAUGGAAAUGCUUUCCCACAGUCCUUGGAACAUGAUCUACACAUAAUGUCAGAGCCAGUGAUCCACUUUGCCUUGUGGAAUGCACCAUCAGAGAUUAAAGAAGAAAGAAGGGAGGAAAAUUCUGAGGACCAAGCCACAUCUGUCACUGACAUUUCAAACCAGACAUAUUUGCUAAUGGGCUGAUUGUGUCUGCCAUUAGGGGACAACACUAUGAGAAAUUAUUAGGUCCUACGGAUGUAAUACAAUACAAACAAUUUUGAAUUGUAGUGCAGCUAUUUAGCUGCUACUCCCUGAGUCUCUUAUGGACCUACUGACUUUACCAGUUGACUGUUAGAGCAGAGUCAGGCAAUUUUUCAUGGCCAAAAGCUGCCCUUAAUUUUUGGAAGGCAAUGAUGCAAAGUGGCUAGACCUAUAUUCCAUUUUUUUUUUCCUGGUUUGAAGGGGAAAAGACUUACACUACAAUUUUUCUGUUUCUCAUUUCAAAAUGGCAGGAAAUUAUACUGCCAAAUUCUGGUAGUUGUGGUCAAAGGAAACUCUGAUUGCUGCAAAAGGAUUUGAGGAUCUGUGGCCUCAGAUUGCCCACCCAGGCAUUAGACUAUGAGGGGGAGUUGAAUGUGGAACUUUAUUCCAAGGCAUGCCCACAUUGCAUCUGGUAACCGCAGCUUUCCAAAUGCAAAGUGACUCUUACAAAGCUAUGUCCCAGUGUUUUAUAUGACAGCCUAAAAUAAAACAAGCUCUUUUAAAUACUUUCUCCAUUUUGGAGAAAUAGGAUCAACUACCUUUUUGCAAAGUAUGUUUUAAGCAAAUGCUGAAAGAAUUGCAGGAAUAAAACUGCUUAGCAUAAUCAGAAACAAUGCUGAAUGGUAAAUAUACCACGAUCAGCACAAAAAUACAAACAGUAAUUUGUGAAAUAAGCAUCACUCUAUGUUGGGUCACUGCAAAGGUCAUAUCUGUCUGUUUCACUCAUUUUAAAUUGCACAGGUUACUACUGACCUGUAGAGAUUAGGAUUCACUGUUAAUAUUUGCAUCGCCAUGGCUGCUUGUAAACACAAAUGUAAUGUUAUUUGAAUAAUGCAGCUGCUAUAGUUCACUGCAGUUAAAUGAACUUUUUUUUUCAUGAGGAUCAAAUUUAGGUGUUCAUGCAGCACUGAUUAACUAUUUGGUGUCAUAAAAUCACCUCUUACCAUCUCCAGAGAGGUUUCACCAACUUUCAAAAUCUAUUUUGCUUUAAAAAUAGAAGGAUGAUGACCCAAUAUUUAACAGAAUAAGACAGCAAUCAAAACAGAGUAAAGGAAAAAAUUCUGUUGGCUUACUGUAGCCAGGGCAAGAGCUACGUCUCUUCUGAUGCUGUCCCUGUAGCAAGCAAAUUAACUGCAUGAGCUGCAAUUCAGCAGUUAAUGGGACUGAUUCCCAGGCUCCUCAAAAGUGCUUUGGAUCCAACUGAUAUAAGGCCUCAGAUGGCCUUGCUUAAGGUCUAUUGCUGGUAGAGAGUUCACGGAAGGGUCCAGAGCAAAGGGUAUUUCUGAAUGAAGGAAGCAGAUGGAGAGCUGAAUCAGUGUUGCAGUGGAUGGGAUGACCACAGCCACCUGACAUGGGUGAGGGAAGCAAGAUACUUCUGAUAGGGAAAAUACAACAGCAGCUACUAUUUUAAGGUGACACUGUAUAUAUCACUUUUAUAAUCAAAUGCCAGCUAGAGAGUUUGAGAUGUUGUACUGAAUAUAAAUGUACUGUCCUCAACAGACCAGGUUGGAGCAACGAAGGAAAAGAACCUGGGAUCUGAGGCUACGUACAAAAAGUACUUCCCAUUUUCCUUGUAUAUUCCAUAUUCAAAGAUAAAUAUAUUUUGUGAGGCCAAACAUUAAAAGAAUGGCAAUUAUAUCUAGUGUAAUAACAAAUGUAGAUAAGCACAGCAAAUUUCCCCAAUGGAGUAGUUGCAGAAAUAUUGAAAAUCCAUUUUGCAAAAUUAGGUGAAGUAUUAAACAUAUUAAGA